UGUGUGAUCGUGAGGAGCGUAUGAGGGAUGCUGCCUACAGGUUGCUUCAGCUCUGUUCUCAGAGGGAACACAGACUGGAGGCCGUCAAGAACAUCAUGACCGCCAGCGCACGCAUACAGGCACACCACACACACAGGCUCAGAGCUCAAAAGCAGGCAGCUUGCAAAGGACGAGUAGCUCUAUCAGGUCUUCGAAUUCCGCUUUUGUGGAGAGACUCUGACCACUUCAACCACAAAGGAGGUGCGCGGUGUGUGGCUGUGUUCUGUCUGAUGAGUAUGGGUCGCGAUGUUCUGGACUCGGCCAUGAUAGUAGUGGACCGCGACACCACCGAUAUCUGCCUUGACGGACAAUACGUCUUCGAGGGGGUGGAGUCAGACUUUGAGUUGAGGGUGGAGCUUUACAGCGUUGCCAUGGAGGAAGCUCCGCCCCUUAGCGCCACCCCACGCAAGCUGGCCAAUAAGCUGCGAGCAUCCCAAGGGAAAGCCAAUCAGCAUCGAGCCUCUCUGGGGAAGGCGGGAUCACGGAAACUCCUCCCUCUCCUCAACUCAGAAGGACAGGAAGAGUUUCAGGACAACUUUCAUCACACACACCCACUACCACCGGGUGUGUCCUUCUCUCUGCUGGCCUUCACCUCAUUGGGCAUCGAGCAGGCUGGGCGGGACUUCCUCUCCCACUCUCUGACCAUCACCCAAACUGCGGAGGCGUCGUCGUGGUUACCUCUGUAUGGCAGUGUGUGUUGCCUGCUGCUCGCCCAGCCGGACUGCAUGAGGCUCCCCACACACACAGGACCCCUCACACAACAGAUGUGUGUGUCUGGUGUGUUCAGAUCGUGCAGUCUGCACUGUGAGCUGCAGGGGGCGCAGCUGAGCGGCUGGUUCAGUCCUGAAGAGGUGGAGGCCAAACUAGCACCCUUCCUCACCAUCCCCGUCACCACGGCGACGCGUGUGUGUGUCCAGAGGGAUCCUAAUGGUCCUGGCCACAUCUUGAGCAUCAUCACUCCUAGCGAUGACAUCACAGCGCCUGACUCCGCCCACAGCAGCCAGGUGUUCCGUGGAGACGCAGACGACCUGCAGGAGUGGGCGGUAGCCUUCUCACGACACACACACCACCUGCGUUCCUGGAAGCACUGCUGUGAGGAGCUGAUGGAGAUUGAGGUGUUGUCACCACGGAAACCGCUGUUCUAUUCCAAACCACCAGACAGUGUCUACACUGACCUCAACAUCAACUCUCCGUGUAAGUUUGAGGGCUUGACUGACAUCAUCCAUAACAAGAUUGAGGAGACCGGAGGCCGCUAUCUGAUUGGCCAGGAGGAGGAAGAGGAGCAGGAGACCCCCGAUUGGUCAGCUCUGUUUGCAGGGUCCCGCCCCCCUCUGCUGGUGCAGAAGGUCGUCUUGUCGCCCGGGAAACAGCCCUGCCACUCCACUUCGACCUUCAGCCCUGUUGCCCCCAGUAACAAGAGACGCAGUCCGGUUACCCCUGACAACACGAAACAUAGUUCUGUUGCCCCCGGCUACAAGAGACGUAGCCCUGAUGCCCAUGGUGAUGGUAAAUACAGCCCUGUCACCCCUCGUAACAAGAAGCGUAGUCCGAUCACAUCUGGCAACAACAACAAACACAGCCCUGUUACCCCUGGUUACAAGACACACAGCCCUGUCACCCCCGGUUACAAGAAGCGCAAAGCCCCUCCACCUCCUGCUGGCAAAGUUCCAUACACUCCGCCCACUUCAUCUGCAUCAUAUGCCACGCCCACUUCUCCACCUGUGUCGUAUGCCCCUCCUGUUCCACCUAUGUCGUAUGCGCCGCCUGUUCCACCUGCACCGAAAGUAGGGAAGGAGAACGUCUGUAGAGGCACAUGGUUCCACUCGGAGAACACCAGGGUUCCAAAGGCAUCGUCUGUCGUCGCGGAGACCACCAGGGUUCCAAAGGCGUCAUCUGUCCAUGUGGACAACAUCAGGGUUCCAAAGGCGUCUUCUCUCAUUGCGGAGAACACCAGGGUUCCAAAGGCGUCGUCUCGGUCUGGGCGACCAUCUCUGGACACCAAGUUCUCCUCCGUCAUUCAGCAGCUGCAGAAAAAGGCCUCCACCAAUCGUAACGCUCCACACACCAACGUCUCAGCCACAGCCUCAGCCAAUGGGAACUCUGCCUUGAGCCUUCAGCAGCCUCCUGUUCCCGCCCAUCGGAACAGACUCAGGAAGUCCUUCAGGCAGAUUAUCAGCUCCAAACCAAAGAGCGCCUAUUAGAGUAAUAUGCUUCAAGCUCGUGCUUUUCCGGGCCCCUUGUGAUGUCAGGUGAACACCCCUUUAGGCGUUCCCUUUCUGCUGUAGAUGGCGGUAGCGCGCAUGUUAUGCAAGUCACCACCAAACACCGCAGAAAUUGGACAGGUAAGAGGGGACAAUGCCUCCUGAUGAGACCGAACUUGAGCACACUCCAUUGCAUUGAUUGGGAGGUGUUUGAAAUAUCUUUCUCUAAUAGACGGUCUUUAUCCAAAUCAUUUGGACACUAGACUCCUCCGAAACUGUUUGACAUUAGACAUAUCUACACCAUUUGGACACUGGAUAACUCCAAAUUUGUCAUCUUCAAGCUAUUUGGACACUAGUCAAUUCCACACUAGUUACCUCCAAACCAUUAAGUCACUAGACACCAAACUCUCUGGACACUAGUAUACUUAAAGGGACAGUUUGGUCAAUUUCAACAUGCAGUUGUAUUGCUCACGCUACCCUUGACUUGUCAGUACCUGGUGAUGCCACAUUUUUCGGCUCAGCCCUUUCCGAGAUAUGAGCAAUUCUAAUGGGGGCAGCGUUUGUUUACAUUUUUAAAAAAUGAAACAUAGGCCAACUCCAAAUAUUUUCCCAAAAGAUACUGCUGUUUGCUAGUUGUCUGCCGAUGUUUUAUAACCUUUUGGAUGUUUUUGGGAAUAAAUAAAAAUGUUUUUUUGAAAUGUAAACAAAGAGCUGCCCCCAUUACAAUGACCAGGAUCUCGGAAACGACUGAAGAAGAAGAAAAAAAAAUCUCAGGCACUGACA